CACCAUUCUAUCUCAAGGACCCCAGCACCUCAGUCUCCUCUGUAGGGAUUAGUAAGCAAGCGUAACGUGAAAAAAUGGGUGACGCCGCCAUGAAAGAGUUUGGGUUAGCGGCCCCGUACCUGAGGAAAUCAGACCGGGAGCGUCUGGAGGCUCAGACUCGUCCGUUUGACAUGAAGAAGGAAUGUUUCGUCCCUGACACGGAUGAGGAGUACGUGAAGGCAUCCAUCGUCAGCCGGGAGGGCGACAAAGUCACCGCUCAGACCCAGAAGGGGAAGACGGUGACGGUGAAGGAGUGCGACGUCCACCCUCAGAACCCGCCAAAGUUUGAUAAAAUUGAAGACAUGGCCAUGUUCACCUUCCUCCAUGAGCCCGCCGUGCUCUUCAACCUGAAAGAACGUUACGCAGCGUGGAUGAUCUACACGUACUCUGGGCUGUUCUGUGUCACGGUCAACCCCUACAAGUGGCUGCCGGUCUACAACCAGGAGGUGGUGGUGGCCUACAGGGGGAAGAAGAGGAGUGAAGCUCCUCCUCACAUCUUCUCCAUCUCUGACAACGCCUACCAGUACAUGCUAACUGACAGAGAGAAUCAGUCAAUUCUCAUCACUGGAGAAUCCGGUGCUGGGAAGACGGUCAACACCAAAAGAGUCAUCCAGUAUUUUGCCAGCAUUGCAGCGGGCAGUGGAAAGAAAGAUACUGGCUCUGAGAAAAAGGGUACCCUGGAGGAUCAAAUCAUCCAGGCUAAUCCGGCCCUGGAGGCCUUUGGCAACGCCAAGACCAUCAGGAACGACAACUCUUCCAGAUUUGGCAAAUUCAUCCGAAUCCACUUUGCAGCCAGUGGGAAGCUAGCGUCGGCUGAUAUCGAGACAUAUCUGCUGGAGAAAUCCCGUGUCACCUUUCAGCUGAAGGCCGAGAGAGACUAUCACAUCUUCUAUCAGAUUCUGUCACAGAGAAAACCUGAGCUUUUAGAGAUGCUGCUCAUCACUAACAACCCCUACGACUACGCCUUCAUCUCCCAAGGAGAAACAACGGUGGCCUCCAUUAAUGACUCUGAAGAGCUGAUGGCCACCGAUGAUGCCUUCGAUGUGCUGGGCUUCACCCAAGAGGAGAAGAACGGCAUUUACAAGCUGACAGGCGCCAUCAUGCACUAUGGUAACAUGAAGUUCAAGAACAAGCAGCGUGAGGAGCAAGCCGAGGCUGAUGGCACCGAAGAUGCUGAUAAAGUUGCUUACCUGAUGGGCAUGAACUCUGCUGACCUCAUCAAAGGUCUCUGUCAUCCCAGAGUUAAAGUGGGCAAUGAAUGGGUCACCAAGGGACAAAAUGUCCAGCAGGUGUACUAUGCGGUUGGUGCAUUGUCUAAGGCUGUUUAUGAGAAGAUGUUCCUGUGGAUGGUGGUCCGGAUCAACCAGUCACUGGACACCAAGCAGCCUCGCCAGUACUUCAUUGGCGUACUGGACAUCGCUGGGUUUGAGAUCUUUGAUUUCAACACCUUUGAGCAGCUGUGCAUCAACUUCACCAAUGAAAAGCUGCAACAGUUUUUCAACCAUCACAUGUUUGUGCUGGAGCAGGAAGAGUACAAGAAAGAGGGCAUUGAGUGGACUUUCAUAGAUUUUGGUAUGGACUUGCAGGCGUGUAUUGACCUGAUUGAAAAGCCCAUGGGUAUCAUGUCCAUCCUUGAAGAGGAGUGCAUGUUCCCCAAAGCCAGUGAUGCCACCUUCAAAGCUAAGCUCUACGACAACCACCUGGGGAAAUCCAGCAACUUCCAGAAGCCCAGAAUUGUCAAAGGGAAACCGGAGGCCCAUUUUGCCCUGAUGCACUACGCCGGAACCGUUGACUACAACAUCAACAACUGGCUGGUGAAGAACAAGGACCCUCUGAACGAGACUGUGGUUGGUCUUUACCAGAAGUCUACGCUGAAAUUAUUGGCGCUCCUCUUUGCUAAUUACGCUGGGGCUGACUCGGGUAAGCAUAAACCGUAUGCUCACAUUGAGAGAGGCCAGUUGUUUGCCAAACACUACUCUUGCUUUCCAGCUGAAGGUGGGAAAGGGAAAGGAGGAACGAAGAAGAAGGGUUCAUCUUUCCAGACUGUGUCAGCCUUGCAUAGGGAGAACCUGAACAAGCUGAUGACCAACCUGAGGUCCACUCACCCCCACUUUGUACGCUGCAUCAUCCCCAACGAGACCAAGACUCCCGGGGCCAUGGAGAACCCUCUGGUGAUGCACCAGCUGCGUUGUAACGGCGUGCUGGAAGGCAUCAGGAUCUGCAGGAAGGGCUUCCCCAACCGGAUCCUCUACGGAGAUUUUAAACAGAGAUAUCGCAUCCUGAAUCCUGCUGCUAUCCCAGAGGGUCAGUUUAUUGACAGUAAGAAGGGGGCAGAAAAACUCCUCGGGUCUUUGGAUAUCGACCAUAACCAAUACAAGUUUGGACAUACAAAGGUGUUCUUCAAGGCUGGUCUUCUCGGGCAACUUGAGGAGAUGAGGGAUGACCGCUUGUCACUCAUAAUCACUGGAAUCCAGGCUCGAUCACGAGGUCUCCUGGCACGAGUGGAAUUCCAGAAGAUUGUUGAAAGGAGGGAUGCAUUAUUGGUAAUCCAGUGGAACAUCCGUGCCUUCAUGGGGGUCAAGAACUGGCCUUGGAUGAAGCUGUUCUUCAAGAUCAAACCUCUCCUGAGGUCGGCUGAAGCGGAGAAGGAGAUGGCCAACAUGAAGGAAGAAUUCCUGAAGUUGAAAGAAGCUUAUGCAAAGUCAGAGUCACGCAGGAAGGAACUGGAGGAGAAAAUGGUUUCUCUUCUGCAGGAGAAGAAUGACCUGCAGCUCCAAGUUCAGGCUGAGCAGGACAAUCUUGCUGAUGCAGAGGAACGGUGCGAGGGCUUGAUCAAACACAAAAUCCAGAUGGAAGCAAAAGCCAAAGAGUUGUCUGAAAGACUGGAGGACGAGGAAGAGAUUAAUGCUGAAUUAACUGCAAAGAAGAGGAAGCUAGAGGACGAGUGCUCUGAGCUAAAGAAGGAUAUAGAUGACCUGGAGUUAACGCUUGCUAAAGUGGAGAAAGAGAAGCAUGCCACCGAGAACAAGGUGAAGAACCUGGUUGAGGAAAUGGCAGCUUUGGAUGAAAUCAUCGCCAAGCUGACCAAGGAGAAGAAAGCCUUACAGGAAGCUCAUCAGCAAACCCUGGAUGAUCUCCAGAGUGAAGAAGACAAAGUCAACACUCUGACCAAGGCCAAGUCUAAACUGGAGCAGCAAGUGGAUGACCUUGAAGGGUCUCUUGAACAAGAGAAGAAGGUUCGAAUGGAUCUUGAGAGAGCUAAGAGGAAGCUGGAGGGAGACUUAAAGAUGACCCAGGAGAGCUUAAUGGACGUGGAGAACGACAAGCAACAACUUGAGGAGCAGCUGAAAAAAAAAGACUUUGAACUAAACCAGCUCAAUAAUAAAAUAGAGGAUGAGCAAGCAAUAGCAAUUCAGCUUCAAAAGAAACUGAAAGAGCUUCAGGCUCGUAUCGAGGAGCUGGAGGAAGAGCUGGAGGCCGAGCGAGCCGCUCGAGCCAAGGUGGAGAAGCAGAGAGCAGACCUGGCCAGAGAGCUGGAGGAGAUCAGCGAGAGGCUGGAGGAAGCCGGCGGAGCGACGUCCGCCCAGAUCGAGAUGAACAAGAAGCGGGAGGCCGAGUUCCAGAAGCUGCGCAGGGACCUGGAAGAGGCCACUCUGCAGCAUGAAGCCACCGCAGCCACGCUGAGGAAGAAACAAGCUGAUAGUGUUGCCGACCUGGGGGAGCAGAUUGACAACCUGCAGAGAGUCAAGCAAAAACUGGAAAAGGAGAAGAGCGAACUCAGGCUGGAACUGGAUGAUGUGGUUUCCAACAUGGAACAUGUUGUGAAAACAAAGACCAAUCUUGAGAAGACAUGCAGAACUCUGGAAGACCAGAUGAAUGAAUACAAGACCAAGUUUGAAGAAGCUCAGCGCUGCAUCAACGACUUCAACAUGCAGAAAGCAAAGCUUCAGACUGAAAACGGUGAGCUCUCAAGACAACUUGAAGAGAAGGAUUCCCUGGUGUCUCAACUUACGAGAGGGAAAAUGUCCUACACUCAACAAAUUGAAGACCUCAAGCGACAACUGGAGGAAGAGACCAAAGCCAAGAGUGCUCUGGCCCAUGCCGUUCAGUCGUCUCGCCACGACUGUGACCUGCUCAGGGAGCAGUACGAGGAGGAGCAGGAGGCCAAGGCUGAGCUGCAGCGUGGCAUGUCCAAGGCCAACUCCGAGGUGGCGCAGUGGAGAACUAAGUACGAAACUGAUGCCAUCCAGAGGACUGAAGAACUGGAGGAGGCCAAGAAGAAGCUGGCUCAGCGUCUGCAGGAUGCCGAGGAGGCGGUGGAAGCGGUGAAUGCUAAAUGCUCCUCUCUGGAGAAGACCAAACAUAGACUGCAGAAUGAGAUUGAAGAUCUCAUGGUGGACGUGGAGAGGUCAAACGCUGCUGCUGCUGCUCUGGACAAGAAGCAAAGGAACUUUGACAAGGUCUUGUCUGAGUGGAAACAGAAGUAUGAGGAGUCUCAGUGUGAGUUGGAGGGAUCCCAGAAGGAAGCCAGAGCUCUGAGCACUGAGCUCUUUAAGUUGAAGAACUCCUACGAAGAGUCUCUGGAUCAUUUGGAGACCAUGAAAAGAGAGAACAAGAACUUACAAGAGGAAAUUUCUGACCUCACUGAGCAACUUGGCGAGAGUGGAAAGAGUAUUCACGAACUGGAGAAAUUAAGGAAACAACUGGAUCAGGAGAAGAGUGAGAUCCAGUCUGCUCUUGAGGAAGCCGAGGCUUCCCUGGAGCAUGAGGAGGGAAAGAUCCUCAGAGCCCAGCUUGAGUUCAACCAGAUUAAAGCCGACAUUGAACGAAAACUUGCUGAGAAGGACGAGGAGAUGGAGCAGUGCAAGAGGAACCUGCAGAGGACUAUCGACACCCUGCAGACCUCACUUGAAGCAGAGUGCCGAAGCAGGAACGAGGCCCUUCGCUUGAAGAAGAAGAUGGAGGGAGACCUCAACGAGAUGGAGAUCCAGCUAAGUCAGGCCAACAGGCAGGCGGCCGAGGCUCAGAAACAACUCAAGUCUGUUCAUGCGCAUCUGAAGGAUUGCCAGAUCCAGCUGGAUGAGUCUCUUCGUGCCAACGACGAUCUCAAAGAGAACAUCGCCAUCGUGGAGAGACGCAACAACCUCAUUCAGGCUGAGCUGGAAGAGCUGAGGGCUGCUCUCGAGCAAACGGAGAGAAGUCGCAAACUUGCCGAGCAAGAGUUGCUGGAUGUUAGCGAGAGGGUGCAGCUACUGCACUCACAGAACACCGGUCUGAUCAACCAAAAGAAGAAGCUCGAGGUUGAUGCAGCCCAGCUUCAGACCGAAGUGGAAGAAGCAGUCCAGGAGUGCAGGAACGCUGAAGAGAAGGCCAAGAAGGCCAUCACCGACGCUGCCAUGAUGGCAGAAGAGCUGAAGAAAGAGCAGGACACCAGUGCUCACCUGGAGCGCAUGAAGAAGAACAUGGAGCAAACCAUCAAAGACCUGCAGCAUCGUCUGGAUGAAGCUGAACAAAUUGCCAUGAAGGGCGGCAAGAAGCAGGUGCAGAAGCUGGAGGCCAGGGUUCGAGAGCUUGAAAAUGAGGUGGAGUCCGAGCAGAAGAAGAGCAGCGAAGCAAUCAAGGGAAUCCGUAAAUAUGAGAGGCGCAUCAAAGAACUCACGUAUCAGACUGAGGAAGAUCGCAAGAACGUGGUGCGUCUCCAGGAUCUGGUUGACAAGCUGCAGCUGAAAGUCAAAGCCUACAAGAGAUCUGCUGAAGAGGCUGAGGAGCAGGCCAAUACUCACCUGAGCAAGUUCCGUAAACUCCAGCAUGAGCUGGAUGAGGCGGAAGAGAGAGCUGACAUUGCCGAAUCUCAGGUCAACAAGAUGCGUGCUAAAAGCCGUGACGUUGGCUCCAAGAAAGGACUGGAGGAGGAGUGAGCCAUGCGAGACGUUUGGGAUGAUCUCUACCAUCUUUCUCCCAACUGUCGUCAACAUUUCUGUGGAAUAAAGCAAACGUGCAAUAACA